CUUAUUGGACUGGGCUGAUCUCAUCUGACUUGGUAUAAUUGGACUCACGCAAAGACACCUGUUGAUUUUUGGUUUCAACAUGCCUUCGACAAUCUCUGACGAACUACCGUUAAUCGCCGACGACCCACCAGUGAACUUUGAGGUCUCGAGACCGACAGUGGAUGGUUCAGUGGAAGGCGUGCGGGGAACAAGGCGAUUGAAUCGCACCAACGAACAGGGAUACCAGUCACGAACGGCGUCUAGGCUUGGGAUAGCACAUAUUACUGUCGGCUCGGUGAUCGUGGUGUUGGGUAUAGCAACAGUGUAUUUCCAGUGUGUGUUGUAUUUCAUAGCCUUGCCAUUAUGGACUGGGUCGUUUUUUGUUUCAACAGGAUCCGUGGCAAUCAUCUCAUCAAGAAAAACACAGAAAUACACGAUAACAACUUAUAUGGUGUGCUCUUGUGUUUCUAUUUUAUUCGCGUUAUCAUUGGUCGUAUUUGGGACACAUGGUAUUUGCGAAGAACAAGCAUGGCAUAGCGACAAUAAGGAUGAACUUGAAUUCAAGGCCGGGCGAUCGAUUAUAUAUGCACGUUUGGCAAUUGAUGGAGGUAUAGUUGCCAUGGCAAUUGCUGAGUUGAUAUUGUCUAUGUUAUCAGUAUCUGUAAGCAGAAGGGGACUUCAAAUACUGGCGUUCGAACAACAACGGUCACACCAUCCGGUUUACAUUGUACCCGUCACUGCACAUAAGCGGCCGAUCCGCAAGGCACCACGGUCAGCGGGUAACCGUAGGCAAGAUGGAGCAGUCUAUGUACCAACCAAACACACAGAUGAACCAACACUUCCACUUGCAACAGUGGUAGAGGAAGUGGAUGGACAAGACACAUGA